CUCGAGAAAAUCGUACGUGACGCCGUCUUCAACCGAGACCAAGAAAGGAUUCGGAGAAUUGUCGAACAACUUUGUCAUGACUAUGCAUACGCCGUGCAUCAGCCCCAUGCCCGCAACGGCGGUCUGAUCGGGUUGGCUGCGGCCUCGAUCGCUCUCGGAUCGGAAGGAGUUGCCCCGUAUCUGAAGGAGAUCGUGCCUCCGGUCCUAGCGUGCUUUUCCGACCAAGAUGCGCGUGUGAGAUAUUAUGCCUGCGAGAGUAUGUAUAAUAUCGCCAAGGUAGCCAAAGGAGAGAUAUUGCUAUUCUUCAACGAAAUAUUUGAUGCACUGGCAAAGCUUGCUUCCGACUCCGAACUCUCUGUGAAAAAUGGCGCAGAGCUUCUCGACCGUCUCGUCAAAGAUAUCGUCGCCGAAUCCGCAGCUUCAUAUGUCUCUGUGCUACAGUUGACAGAGAAGGACGCCGCAGAUUCUGAUACAUUGGACGAAGCAGAUCUGCCCACUGCUUUCUCUCUUGCAAAAUUCAUCCCAUUGCUCAAGGAACGCAUCCAUGUGAUUAGCCCAUUUACACGGAAUUUCCUGGUGUCAUGGCUUACACUGUUGGAUACAAUUCCUGACCUGGAAUUGGUUUCUUAUCUUCCCGAAUUCCUAGAAGGAUUGAUUAGGUUUCUCGGCAGCCCGAAUAAAGAUGUCAAUGUGGCCACACAAGGGCUCCUCGAUCGGUUUCUAUCCGAAAUCAAACGGAUCACGCGCCUGAAGAAGGGCAUCGAGGAUAGUCGCAAGGGUCAACAAAGCCGCCGGCGUUCUACAGCGAGCGAUGCUGCAAGUCUCAGUGCUAAGACCGAACACACGGUCGAAACAGCUGGAGAUGGCGAUAAAGAUGAUAUCGCUGUGGAUGAUUCGGCUUCGGAAUUCAUCACCGACGACGAAUUUGUGCAAGCGGACGGUGACUACAUUCCAGGACAGGACGUGCAUAUUGACCACCCAAAGAUCCUGGACAUUCUCGUUGGCUUUGUUGACACUUCUCAUGGUAAGCCGCCUUCCAGGAGGAUGCAACUCACGGCUCUUCGUUGGAUUGAUACGUUUUUUGAGAUCAGCCCUGAAGACAUUCUUCAGUUCAUUCCGCGCCUUUUGACACAAGUUCUGCCUGCAAUGUCGAGUGGUGCUGACCAAGUGCGACUUGCUGCAAAUCGAGUCAACAAAUCGCUUCUUGAAUACAUUUACUCUCUCCCCGUUGACACGACCGAUACGACCGAUGACGCCACGCAUUCUUCAUCCAAGAAUUAUUCCAGUGCUCCCAGCAGGGAGAGCAUCGAGCAGAAAUCUUCUGAAACAGCUUACGAAGGAAAAAAGUCAUCGCAGGAGAUUUCUCGGGCGCCGACACCUCGCAGCAGUCUCACACCAUCUCCUGCGCAACCCGCCGAUCUUGACUACGCAGCGGCCGUCAAUUCACUCACGUUACAAUUCUUGAACGAAAAUGAAGCAACUCGGGUAGCUGCCCUCGAAUGGCUCAUCAUGUUGCACUUGAAAGCACCCAAAAAGGUGGUUGCGUUCAACGAUGGAACAUUCCCGGCCCUCUUGAAAACGCUUUCCGAUCCUGCAGAAGCAGUUGUGACCAAGGACCUGCAGCUACUGUCCCAAAUAUCCAAAAAUAGUGAAGACAGCUACUUCGCGUCUUUCAUGGUCAAUCUCUUACAACUUUUCUCCACAGACCGGAACCUGCUGGAGGUCCGUGGAAAUCUGAUCAUCAGGCAAUUGUGCACGAACUUGAGUCCAGAGCGUAUCUACCGUACUCUUGCGGACUGUCUCGAGAAAGAAGAAGAUAUUGAGUUCGCCAGCAUCAUGGUGCAGAACUUAAAUAAUAAUCUCAUUACAGCCCCCGAGUUGUCGGACAUGAGGAAGCGGUUGAGAAACCUGGACUCUAGGGAGGGCCAAAUGUUCUUCGUUGCGCUUUUUCGAUCCUGGUGUCACAAUGCUGUCUCCACAUUUUCCCUUUGCCUGCUUGCUCAAGCAUACGAACAAGCUUAUAACCUUCUCCAAAUAUUUGCCGAGCUCGAAAUGACCGUCAAUAUGCUGAUUCAGAUCGACAAACUGGUUCAGCUCUUAGAGUCCCCAGUCUUCACUUAUCUUCGCCUCCAGCUCCUUGAGCCGGAAAAGUACCCUUAUCUAUAUAAAUGCCUCUAUGGGGUUCUGAUGCUGUUGCCGCAAAGUUCCGCCUUCGCGGCUCUAAAGAAUCGUCUCAACAGCGUUAGCAACAUCGGCUUCCUGCAUACCGGGUCUCGAAGUGCGCCACCAGCAAUAGGAUCAUACGACCGUUCGACCACGGGCACACGCUUGAAGCGCGAUGAAAAUAGCAUUCGUUGGAACGACCUCCUUGAGAAGUUCAAGCUUGUUCAAGAGCGCGCCCGUCGGUCUCGAGCGGCACAGCGCCUCUCGCUCGACCCGACGGAAUCAUCUCAAGACCCCUUAACAGCUGCAUUAUCUAUCGCCGCAGGGACAAGGGACAAGGGUGUUGCUGAAAUGCAUCGUGGGUCAGGAGUGAUGAGUCCUAGCUCUGGUGGCAUCGGACUCGGCAUGGCAGGGGCUAGCGGUCUAGGAAAUGGGAAGGGCGGCUUGGAAACCACCAAGUCAUCCACGUCUUUCUUAGGUGGAUCAUCGAGAACCAAACCUGGUCUUCCCAAUCUUGGCCGGUUAGGUAUCGGAGGGCGGAAAUCCAAGAAAUGA